AUGACAAGACAGGAAAAAUUCCCUUUAAUAUUUCCAGAUGCCCUGUUUCAAACUAUCGAAAAUGGAAUCGCAAAAAGAAUCACAAAUCAUGAUUCUGUUAAAUCAGGAAGGACUGCCCGAGCUGCAGAUUCAUUGGCCGUUGAUCUUGAUGCAUUUCCUACAUUGGAACCAGCCCUAACACCUGUCACAGAGCUAUGGUUGACCAUUCUCUAUGUCUCAUUAUAUGGCCUGCUGUUUUUCAUGGUGUACUUUCAGUUAUGGAUGAUUUGGUACUAUCGACAUAAGAGACUUAGCUACCAAACCGUGUUUCUGUUCCUCUGUCUGAUAUGGACGGGACUGAGGACAACCCUUUUCUCAUUUUACUUCAGUGAUUGUAUCUUAGUCAACAACCUACCGCUGCCCUUUACAUGGUUGUUGUAUUGUUUUCCGGUUUGCUUACAGUUCACAACAUUGUGUCUACUGGUUUUAUUUUUUGCACAGGUUGUGUUUAAAGCCAAAGCAAAGUAUGAACCUAGUCAGUAUAAAAGACCUUUACGCAUUGCCAUAGCCUUGGCUAUCUUUGUUUUUCUCGUCACCAACUUGACUUCAGCCAUUGUUGUGAACCACCAGUCUAUAAAAUAUCACUCUGUUCCUAUAUCUGUGAUCAUUGUGCGGGUGUCCAUCAAUGACAGUUUGUUUGUGAUGUCUGCCACUGCCCUUUCUGUGUGUAUAUACAAGAUGAGUCGCAUGGCCUCUGCACACGUCGUCCUGGAAGCAAAGGGAACAACACUUUGCCAGGCUAUGACUACAUCCAUAGUGAUCAUCCUGUUGUUUACAUCGCGUGCGGUGUACAAUGUUAUUGCUGUGCUGCCCUAUACCAAGGAAAAGAUGCCCUCAUUCGGUUACAAUUGGGUCAAUGUUUCCGACCAGGCGGAUAUCAUUGACCUUGAUGGAGGCUAUGCUUACAUAUCUUUCGGAAUUGUGCUUUUUGUUUGGGAGUUCCUGCCUACUCUCAUCAUUGUUGUGUUUUUCCGUGUCAAAAAGCCUCCUACAGAUUCAGCAUUAAGUGACCUGGCAGCACAGCACCAGAAUAGCAGAUCUUACUUCUUCGACAAUCCUAGACGUUAUGACAGUGAUGAUGACCUCACACGGAGUGCACACUCCAGGGCCAGUAAUUAUGACAUCAGUUAUGGACAUGCCUCCAUCAACAACACCGAGGGCUCCAAGACUACACCAAGGGGAACACCAAGAGGGACGCCAUGGGGAACCCCAAGGGGAAACAAUUCUAACUAUGGUGCCACAAAUGCUGGUAGUUUUACAGGGAGAGUGGCAGGAUAUGGGUCUCCAUCAGUUGUAGCCAACCAAGGUGUUCAGAACCCUGGCUAUCAGAACCCAGCGGAGUGAUGAGAGUUGUCCCUAGAUGUCUGGACUAACGUUGUCCUUGCUCUUGAGGACUGGGCAUCAAUAUAUCUAGACAUUGGAACU